UCAGUGAUAGUUCUCUUCGAAAUUUAAAAUGUCAGGACGUGCGUUUAGAAAGGCAAUAAAUAAAGAGUACGAUUUCCUUACAAAGCGUAUUAACGACGAAGACUUAAAUGAUUCUGAGGAUAUUGAUCAGCCACCACCAAAGAGUAACUUGUUUGACUUACUCAAUGAAGUGACUGACGACACUGAAAAUCGUAACUCGGACGAAAAUGCCAGUGAACCCGAAAUUAACAACGAAACUUUAGAACCUUCAAUACGGUUGACUUCCUCUACAAAAAAGAAAAAGAAAAAGAAAAACAAGAAAAAUACACCUGCUGAAAAUCCUAUGGCCGAGCUAGAGAAGAAAACACGAACGGGAAAGAAAGUUGAAGAAAUGAGUGAGAUCGAAUUAGAAGCUUUGAUUCGAGAAAUUAACGACAAAUUUGGUAAUCUUUCUACAGCACAACAGAGCGAUGAUAAUGGAAAUGAAGUGCAUCAGUCUUCAACAAUUCCAAGCAAUUCAUUUUUAAUCAUAGAUGCACGUUUAUUGGAUGCAGAUGGUGAAAUGAGAAGGAUGUUUUCUUCUGGAAUUGUAGAUAGAGAGAUUCGAAGCAGAAAUUAUGCGCGUACUAUUAAAAGAACUUUGUUGGCAAAACCGAGACAAAGUUGGCCGCCGAUUCUUAAAUUUGGACUAAGAAUGGAGUUAUUGAAAGAAAAUGAUGGAAUUUAUCAUUUUAAAUUUAUACAUUCACAACAAUAUCAAGUUGUUCAAUUAGAUUUUCUACGACGCAUAGCUACACAUGAUCCAAAUGCAAUUAUUUCGCUAUUGCAUGAAAAUCCUUAUCAUAUUGAUUCUUUAUUGCAGAUGAGUGACGUUUACAAAAUGUCGGGAGAUCAUACAAUGGCAGGCGAACUUAUAGAACGUGCAUUAUAUGCGUUCGAGAAAAGCUUCCAUAUUAAGUUUAAUAUUACAAAAGGCACUUCCAGAAUGGAUUAUAAAUACUUCGAAAAUAGAGCUUUUUUCCUUGGAUUGUUACGUCAUGUUCAAUCUUUGUCUCGUCGAGGAUGUUGGCAAACAUCUUUUGAAUUUUCAAAAUUGUUACUUUCAUUGGAUCCUUCAAACGACCCUAUGAGUGUGUUGAAUUUCAUCGAUUAUCUUGGGUUAAAAGCCCAUCAAUAUACUUAUGUUUUAUCUCUUGCCAAUGAAUGGGUUUUGCAUAAGUUGCAAGAUUGGCCUAAUUUUGCUUAUUCUGCUGCAAUAGCACAAUUUUUACUUGAAUCGCGCGAAGAAAAUAAUUCCGCGCAUGAAAUGAGUAAAGCAAUGUUGGAAAAAGCUAUUCUUUAUUUUCCAUCUGUUAUACUUCUCUUGUCCGAAAAAUGUGAUAUUCAACUUGAAAGUGAUGUUUCCGAAAGUUCGUUCAUUCAAGAAGUACCAAGCUCCAAUUAUCUUAAUCUUUUAAUUGAUCAUUAUGUUGAUCAAAUUUCGCCUUUAUGGACGCAACCUGAACUUAUCAAUUGGCUUCAGACUGUAUCAAUAAACGUUGUUGUAAAAAUGCAAAUUCCAGAUUAUAAAACUUCUUUGGGCGAUGAAGAGUUUGCGAAAGCUCUUUCAUAUGGAAAAAAUCUCAGAGAAAAUUCAUUUAAUGAACAGAUUCCGUUAAAUUUAAGUAGAUAUAUCGUCGUUUCCGAAAAUUCUAAAUUUCUCGCAUACCUUCCUGAGGUUACAAGUAGAGAUAUUGAUCUUCACGAUCCUUUGCCUCCGCCUGAUGGAGUUAGUCCUUAUGAUGCAUAUUCGGAAUCAUCUAAUACUGAUUGGGACAGUAUUUUAGCAGUUGACUUACGAAGAUUUCUCGGCGGAGUGCCAGUUGGUAUCAUUGCAAUAUUGGCUAUUUAUUCAGUUAUUUUAAAAAAUUAUACACAUUAUGGUUUAUUUAUUAAAUAGAAUGCGAAUGUCCAGGCGAUAGCUGAACGUAUACAUCAAAUAGCUGAUACAGCGAAUCUACAAGCAGCGGCUGAGAGAUUAAUUGAAGUGCUUCGCGGAGCGGGAGUAUAUGAUAAUGAUGAAAUACAGCAACUCCCAAAUGAAAAUCAAGAACUUCCUAUGCCUGGCGGUUUCCCUCAAGAUCUUCCUGAUACGAAUAAUGACGAUGAACAAGAUACUCAAGAAUAAAUAUUGAUUAAAAAUUUAUUUAGCAUACUUUUAGUUCGACAUUCUACGGUAUAAAUUAUAACAAAAGAAUUUUAUUUAAAUUUGUCGAAUUCAAUACGAUUUUUUAUUAUUUUUUUUUUU